CCUGCCUGUGCGUUCCACCUUACUUCCGGACUGUGCGGUCCACAUGCAGGAAGUGAGUUUUCAUCGACUGCUGCAGCCUCCCAGUGUCCGUGGAGAUCAGAGAACUGGAUGGCAGAGGAGUCACUGUAACUAACACAGCACUCUGAUAAAGAGGAAAAGAACAGGGAACUCCAGCUGUGAGGAACGGAGUCUUUAUUACACAUCACAUGUUCUGUAUUCUCUCUGAUUCACCGAGGAUGGACAAGGACAGGAGUCACAGGACUGAGAGUAUAAUAAAAAUCACUCUGGAGAUCAUCUACCUACUGACUGGGCAGGAUUACACAAUAGUGAAGAAGACAUCCAAUGAGUAUAAGACACCCAGCAGCCAUCCCCGUGUAUCAGGAGGACUGAGUAGAACCCAGAGUCCAAUCACGGUGCCUCCACCUCACUCACUGACACAUGAGAGACACAAUGACAAGAAGAUCCUGGAACUCACCAACAAGAUCAUUCAGCUGCUGACUGGAGAGGGUGAAGCACAAUUAAAUAAUAUUAAAGUCAAAGAUACAGAGGGAGAAGAAGAGACGUAUGUGACUGAUAUAAAGGCAGAAGAUAUAGAGGGAGAAGAAGAGACGUACGUGACUGAUAUAAAGGCAGAAGAUAUAGAGGGAGAAGAAGAGACGUAUGUGACUGAUAUGAAGGCAGAAGAUACAGAGGGAGAAGAAGAGACGUAUAUGACUGAUAUGAAGGCAGAAGAUACAGAGGGAGAAGAAGAGACGUAUGUGACUGAUAUAAAGGCAGAAGAUAUAGAGGGAGAAGAAGAGACGUAUGUGAAGGGUGAUCAGCAGUGUAAGGAGGAGGAGAUCCCUACAGAUAUCAGCACAGAUGGACACACAAGCAGGAAUAUCUCAGAAGGACAUCUAAUGUUAUCCCCGGAUUGUGACAUAAAAGAUAAUGACAGCAGACAGGAUUCUCCAGGAGAUAACCCCAUUACCCCAAUUAUACAUCCAGCUCUAUCAGCUGAUCCCUCUGAUCCUGGAAAAUGUUCUCCUGAUCACUCUGAUAUUGGUGCAUCUGUUACACCUCUGAAAGUAGAUACAGUGAUUCCCUGUUCUAUAGAUGCCAAAUGUUUUACACAGAACACAAAGCUUAUUAACCAACAGACAGGUAAGGUAGGUGAGAGGCCACUGAUAUGCUCUGAGUGUGGGAAAUGUUUUACGCACAAAUCACAUCUUGUUAUACAUCAGAAAAGUCACACAGGCGAGAAGCCAAUUUCUUGUUCUGAGUGUGGGAAAUGUUUUGCGCAGAAAUCACAUCUUGUUAUACAUCAGAGAAGUCACACAGGUGAGAAGCCAUUUUCUUGCUCUGAGUGUGGGAAAUGUUUUGCACGGAAAUCAGAUCUUGUUAGACAUCACAGAAGUCACACAGGUGAGAAUCCAUUUUCUUGCUCUGAGUGUGGGAAAGGUUUUGCACUCAAAUCAGAUCUUGUUAGACAUCAGAGAAGUCAUACAGGUGAGAAGCCAUUUUCUUGCUCUGAGUGUGGGAAAUGUUUUGCACGGAAAUCAGAUCUUGUUAUUCAUCAGAGAAGUCACACAGGUGAGAAUCCAUUUCCAUGUUCUGAGUGUGGUAAAUGUUUUGCACUCAAAUCAGAUCUUGUUAGACAUCAGAGAAGUCACACAGGUGAGAAGCCAUUUUCUUGCUCUGAGUGUGGGAAAUAUUUUGCACAGAAAUCAAAUCUUAUUAAUCAUGAGAGAAGUCACACAGGUGAGAGGCCAUUUUCUUGCACUGAGUGUGGGAAAUGUUUUGCACGGAAAUCAGUUCUUUUAAGACAUCAGCAAACUCACACAGGUGAGAAGCCAUUUUCUUGCUCUGAGUGUGGGAAAUGUUUUGCACAGAAAUCACAUCUUAUUCAUCAUGAGAGAAGUCACACAGGUGAGAAGCCAUUUUCUUGCUCUGAGUGUGGGAAAUGUGUUAGACGGAAAUCACAACUUGUUACACAUCAGCGAAGUCACACAGGUGAGAGGCCAUUCCCAUGUUCUGAGUGUGGGAAAUCUUUUACACACAAAUCACAUCUUGUUAAACAUCAGCGAAGUCACACAGGUGAGAAUCCAUUUUCAUGUUCUGAGUGUGGGAAAUGUUUUACACACAAAUCGUAUCUUGUUAUACAUCAGAGAAGUCACACAGGUGAGAGGCCAUUUCCAUGUUCUGAGUGUGGGAAAUGUUUUACAUACAAAUCGUAUCUUGUUAUACAUCAGAGAAGUCACACAGGUGAGAAGCCAUUUCCAUGUUCUGAGUGUGAGAAAUGUUUUGCACGGAAAUCACAUCUUGUUAAACAUCAGAGAAGUCACACAGGUGAGAAACCAUUUUCUUGCUCCGAGUGUGGGAAAUGUUUUACACAGAAAUCACAUCUUGUUAAUCAUCAGCGAAGUCACACAGGUGAGAAACCAUUUUCUUGCUCCGAGUGCGGGAAAUGUUUUACACAGAAAUCACAUCUUGUUAAUCAUCAGCGAAGUCACACAGGUGAGAAUACAUUUCCAUGUUCUGAGUGUGGGAAAUAUUUUACACAGAAAUCAGAUCUUAUUAAACAUCAGAGAAGUCACACAGGUGAGAAGCCAUUUCCAUGUUCUGAGUGUGGGAAAUGUUUUGCACACAAAACAGAUCUUGUUAAACAUCAGAGAACUCACACAGGUGAGAAGCCAUUUUCUUGCUCUGAGUGCGGGAAAUGUUUUACACAGAAAUCAAAUCUUGUUAAACAUCAGAGAAGUCACACAGGUGAGAAUCCAUUUCCAUGUUCUGAGAAGUAAAUCAGCUCUUGUAGACAUCACUCAGGUGAGAAACCAUUUUAAUCUUCUGGGGUAUACUUAUCAUUGCCAUGCGUUGUUCUUCAAGGUUCUUAUCCUAUCUCCUAUGCUUUUUGCAAUAUACAUGCUACCGCAGGGUGAAGUAAUCAGAUGUCAUGCCCUCAUCUACUGUUAUACAGAUGUUAUGCCAAUCCAAAAUGGUUGUCUAGUUGAGCUCCAGGUAUGGGUGAUGGCAGUUGGCUGUGACUCCGUCCUGGUGAAACAGGUCUGUCAUAAGAUAGAAGCUCACCGACAAAGGGCAGGGCUACAGCUCAGCUUUGCAAACCAACCAGACUUGCGCUUGGAGGUUUAGAGUUACAAAAUGCUGAUCCUGUGCGGAAUCUUGGUGUCCUGGAUGGUGGAGUGACACUUAGACAUCACGUAUCAGCCACAAUCAGAUCCUCCUCUGAGUACAGAGCCAGACUCCAGCACUUAUUUCCCUCAGAAGAUCUACCUACAGCCAUACAUACACUUGUAUCAUCACGCAUAGACUACUGCAAUGUCCUCUACCUGGGUCUCCCAGCAAAAGAAUUACACCGUUUGUAGCUUGUCCAGAAUGCAGCAGCCAGGCUGUUACCUAACCAUCCCGUUCCUGCCACAUAACACCUAUUCUCUGCUCCCUUCACCGGCUGCCUGUAAGAUGGUGACUAUUACAUAAUCUUACUGACUCUCCCAGCACUACAUGACCAGUGUCCGUGGUACCAGAAGCAGCUUCUGCCUCCUUACUGCCCUGCUUUCUUACUUGCAUCUGCAGAUGAAGGACUGUUACCAGCAGUACCAAGAAUCCCCAAGCAGUGCUGAGAGGUCAGGAGGAAGACAGGGUGGUUGCACUGGUGCUGUAGUGGGGCCUGCCGAAGGCACUGUCAGUGGGUAAUAUUGUCCCCAAGCAGUGCUGAGGUGUCAGGGGGGGAGACACAGG